AUGGAUUGCGAGAAGAUUGAAAUCUAUCACGAGAAGCAAAAAUUGCAAUUUUGCCUCUUACACGCUCUCAACAAUCUCUUACAGCAUCAGGAAGCGUUUACUCGAGCGAGGUUGAAUGAAAUUGCUGAGAAGCUUGUUCUUGAUGAUCCUAGCAAGCAAACAUGGACACCAUUAUCUAUAGUCUUUAAGCCUCACCAUAAUUCAUUUACUGGAAAUUAUGACAUUAAUGUUUUAAUUGCCGCUCUUGAAGAGAAAGAUAAGACUGUUGUCUGGCAUGACCGGCGUAAUGCAGCUUCCACUAUUGAUCUUGAUGGGCCUGAUGAUAGUUUGUUUGGUAUUGUGCUCAAUGUUCCGGUUAGACGGUACGCUGGGCUUUGGAAGAGUAGGCAUUGGAUUGCAAUGAGAAAGAUUGGUGGGGUUUGGUAUAACUUGGAUAGUGAUCUUUCUAAGCCUGGGAUCUUUGAAGAUACUGAAGAGGUUAGGGGAUUUUUGGAUUUUGUUAUAAGUCAUGGUGGGGAGGUUUUGCUUGUCAUGAACAAGAAAGAGUGA